AUGCCUAUCAUUUUUGCCGUGGAGAAGGCAAAAGGUUUCCUUUGUAUAAAUGAACCAGCGCUGAUAAUUGUAACUCCAUUAAAUAUCUGUACAGCAAGCUCAGCUGGGCACAGUACAACUGGACCACCCAGUACUUCAGAAAAAGCAUCCCAUGUUCCAGAAGCGACUCCCACAUACUCGGAAGCAAAUGAAGUUGCUGGUGAAGCCGCUUUCUGGGGCAAGGGCAAGUACAAAGCUCUGAAUGGCCGCAUCUUUUCCUUCGAGUCCCAGUGCGCAUUCACUUUCUGCCGAGAUUGUGCUGAGUCUGGAGGAGACUUCAAUAUUGAGAUCAAAAGGCACAAGAAUGGUGAUAUUGAAGAAAUCAAAGCUCUGAUCGAUGAUGUCGAGAUCUUGGUUGUGCGUGGUAAUAUUAUUGUCAAUGAAGAAAGGGUACAGAUACCAUUCAGCAAUAAGAUGAUUCAUAUUAAGGAACAAAGUGAUCACUAUGUUCUCAAAACCCGCAGAAGAAUCUUGUCUAUGAGGUGGGGCAAGGCCGACCUCUCACUCACUCUUUAUAGCCAGUAUACAACCUGUGGUCUGUGCGGCAACUUUGACAGUGUGCCAGGUGAGGAUAUUAAUGAGCACAUCGCCAGCAGUAAAAUCUCCAAUGACUGCCCCAGCGCCGUGAACAGGAGCAAUGAAGUUUGUGAAGAUGGAGUCCAGUAUUGUGACAAAAUUAUUGGAACAUACUUUGAGAAAUGUACGAAAGUUUCCCCUUUAUCCAGUGAGUACAAAAACGUGUGUGUUGAUGAGUACUGUCGAACCGGAGGGAGCAAGCAGAGGACAUGUGACACCUUCUCAGAACUGUCCCGCCUGUGUGCCUAUGAUGGCCCUGGUGUCUUUGAAGACUGGCGAGAUGACUCUGCUGUGGUUUGUGCAAAGCAACAAUGCCCAGGAAAGCACAUCUACAAAGAAUGUAGACCUUCGAAUCCUCCGACAUGCUCUAAUGUGGCUCCAUUUCAAGACAGUGAAUGUGUGAGCGGCUGCAUCUGUCCAGAAGGUUACCUAUUGGAUGAUAUUAGAGAGAAAGGAAAGUGUGUCUUAAAGGAAAAAUGUCCCUGUGAAUCUAAUGGGAAGGUGUAUAAGCCAGGAGAAGUCCGAGAAGGCCGCUGUGGCUCCCAGUGCACAUGCCAAGAGGCUAAAUGGUCUUGCACGGAAGCGCGAUGUCCUGGGAUAUGUAAAGUGGAAGGGAGCUCAUUUACCACUUUUGAUGACAAUAAAUUUAGCCACCCUGGAGACUGUCACUUCUUGGCUGUCCAUAAUGAUGAAAUUUCUAUUAGCGUGGAGAUCCACCCAUGCGGGAAUGGUCAGACAGGAUCGUGCUUAACCAAUGUUAUGGUUCACCUAAAUUCUUCUACUUCGGGUAACAGAUUUGAAUUCAGCCGUGAUGGGAGAGUCACAAAGGAUGGAAUUAUAAUCGGAGGUUAUUACUAUUCAGAUGAUGUGCAGAUCUUCAAUUCAUCUUCUUUGUACAAGCAAGCAGAAAUAUUCUCUCACAUAAAACUGCAAAUACAAAUGGCUCCUAAGAUGCAGUUGUAUGUGUCCUUGGCUCCUGACACAUCCACAGACACCGUAGGUCUUUGUGGUUCCUUCAACAAUAAGGCAGAAGAUGAUUUCAUGUCAAGUCAGAAAAUUCUGGAGAGCACAGCGCAGGCAUUUGCUAACUCCUGGGAGAUGAUGCCUUGCCCUAAGGGAAGCCCCUCUUCCUGUGUCAGCAUCGAAACAGAGAAGUUUGCUGAAAGUAACUGCGAGGUUCUUCUCAGUUCAAGUGGGCCUUUUGCUGCCUGUCAUCAAACUGUGAACCCUAAAUUCUAUCAUGAGGAAUGCAAAAAAUAUACGUGCUCUUGUGAAAACAGUCAGGACUGCCUGUGCACAGUCUUGGGGAACUAUGUGAAAGCGUGUGCUGAGAAAGGAACAUACCUCAUGGGCUGGAGAGACGGACUGUGCGAGGUGUCUUGUCCAAGUGGUCUUGUUUUCAACUACAAAGUGAAAACCUGCAACAGUUCUUGCCGAUCACUGUCGGCACAAGACCGAAGCUGUGAUAUAGAAGACAUUCCGGUUGACGGAUGUACUUGCCCUGAUGGAAUGUACCAAAAUAAUGAAGGGAACUGUGUUCAGAAAUCUGACUGUGACUGCUAUGUUAAUGAUGAGGUCGUGCAACCUGGCAAAUCUAUCCUUAUUGAUGAUAAUAAAUGUGUCUGUCAGGAUGGAGUGCUUCAUUGCCAAACUCCCCUUGAUUUAACCCUACAAAACUGUUCCAGAGGGGCUGAAUACAUAGACUGCAAAGAUCCCAAGGCACAGAGAAGGACCGAAAGGACAUGUGCUACCCGGAACAUACCUGAUUUUGAGGGUGACUUGCCUUGCAAACGUGGGUGCUACUGUCCCGUAGGAAUGGUCCGUAACUCUAAAGGGAUAUGUAUACAUCCUGAUGACUGUCCCUGCUCUUUUGGUGACAGAGAAUAUGAACAAGGAAGUGUUACUUCUGUUGGCUGCAAUGAGUGUACUUGCAUAAAAGGAUCUUGGAACUGUACCCAAAAUGAGUGUCAAUCAACUUGCCAUGUCUAUGGAGAAGGACAUUUUAAAACUUUUGAUGGAGAAAGUUACAGCUUCGAUGGGCUCUGCCAGUAUACAUUCCUGGAGGAUUAUUGUGGCCAAGAAAAUGGUACAUUCCGUAUUUUAACUGAGAGUGUGCCCUGCUGUGAAAAUGGGCUUACAUGCUCCAGAAAGGUCAUCGUGGCUUUCCAGGAUCAGAACAUCAUCUUACAAGAUGGUAAAGUAACAGCAGUUCAAACUGCCGAAAGUACAGAUUGUGAGCACAGUGCGAACUUGUACUCGAUCCACACGGUCGGCCUGUACCUGAUUGUGAAGCUUCUGAAUGGGAUCAUCCUGAUUUGGGACAAAUACACAAAAGUAUCUGUUAUUCUGGACCCAAGCUGGCAGAAUAAAGUGUGCGGUCUUUGCGGAAAUAACAAUGGUGAUCUUAAGGAUGACUUCACAACAAGGCACUCUUCGGUAGCUGCUGGAGCCCUGGAGUUUGCAAACAGCUGGAAGACAACUCAGGAAUGUGCAGAUACAGUAACUCAAAGCUUCCCUUGUGACUCGAACCCAUACUGCAAAGCCUGGGCUGAGAAGAGAUGUGAGAUCAUCACGGAUAACACCUUCAGAGACUGCCACAGCAAGGUGGACCCCACAACUUACUACAAUGCAUGUAUUGAAGAAGCCUGUUCAUGUGACAUGGAGGGCAAGUACCUUGGCUUCUGCACUGCCGUGUCAAUGUAUGCAGAGGCGUGCAAUGCAGCCGGAGUCUGCAUCUCGUGGAGAAAGCCAAACCUCUGCCCUGUGUACUGCGACUACUACAAUGGCCCCGGGGAAUGCAGCUGGCACUAUGAACCUUGCGGUACAGUGACGGCCAAAACGUGCAAAGAUCAGGUCAUUGGCCAGAAGUUUUCUUCACUUUUAGAAGGCUGUUAUGCCAAGUGUCCAGAAAACGCACCCUAUCUGGACGAGAACACUAUGAAAUGCGUCCAGUUUUCCGAGUGUAGCUGCUUCUACAACGAUGUCAUACCAGCAGGGGGCGUUGUUGUGGACGACUGUGGAAGAACAUGCUCCUGUUAUGCCGGCGAGUUGGAGUGCAGUGAAACUCCUACCAAUUCAACACCACCAGAUUCCUCUACUAACCUAUUUUCCUACAUCCCAUGUUCCCACACAGUUUCUACAGCCACAACUACUCCUGUGUUAAGCACAUCAGCAGUGACAACGAGGGCCAGCAGCUCCACCUCAGGGUAUGUGGAAACCUCAGUUCCUGCAGAGACCUCAGUCCAUGCAUCCUCCACCUCUGCAAGAGCAGGCAGCACCUCGCCGGCCCCUGCUGCAAGCUCGGCUCCUGCCUCAACCUCUGCGCCUGCCAGCCCUGCCACCACAGCCAGCCCUGCUGCCAGCUCAGCUCCUGCUGCCUCCACAGCCGAGAGGGCUGGCACCACAGCGGGCCCAGCUGCAAGCCCAGCCCCGGCUAGCUCCACAACUGGGAGAGGUGCCACCACACCAGAGACUUCUGCAGGAUCCUCUGCUCCUGCUGCCACAACAGCUGCAAGAGAAGGCGCUGCAGCUGCUUCUGAUGCAACCUCAGCUCCCACCUCCACAGCUGGAGGAGCAAGCAGCCCAACCACAGGCUCCAGUGCAAGCACAGGUCCCACUGUCUCCAGCUCUGUGGCACCUGCAGGUGUCCUGACUGCAGCUCCCAAUGCAACCUCCGCUCCUGUCUCCACAUCUGGAGCACCUGCCACCAGCUCAGCCCAUGCAGCCUCCACCUCUGCAAGAGCAGGCAGCACCUCUGCGGCCCCUGCUGCAAGAUCUACUCCUGCCUUGACCUCUCCCCCUGCUGGUCCUGCCACCACAGCCGGCCCUGCUGCCAGCUCAGCUCCUGCUGCAUCCACAGCAGAGAGGGCUGGCACCACAGCGGGCCCAGCUGCAACCCCAGCCCCGGCUAGCUCCACAGCUGGGAGAGCUGCCACCACCCCAGUGGUAUCUGCAGGAUCCUCUGCUCCUGCUGCCUCCACAGCUUCAAGAAAAGUCGCUGCAGCUGCAUCUAAUGCAACCACAGCUCCCGUCUCCACAGCUGGAGGAGCAAGCAGCCCAACCACAGCCUCCAGUGCAAGCACAGGUCCCGCUGCCUCCACAAACACAGCUGGCACUGGUGUCCCGAGGGCAGCCCACAAUGCAACCUCUGCUCCUGUCUCCACAUCUGGACCUCCUGCCUCCACCUCAGCCCUUGCAGGCUCCACCUAUGCAAGAGCAGGCAACACCUCUGCGGCCAUUGCUGCAAGCUCGGCUCCUGCCUCCACAGCAGGUAGCACCUUGGCGGCCUCUACUGCAAGCUCAGCUCCUGCCUCGACCUCUGUUCCUGCUGGCCCUGCCACCACAGCAGGCCCUGCUGCCAGCUCAGCAGCUGCGGUAACCACAGCGGAGAGAGCUGGCACCACAGCGGGCCCAGCUGCAACCCCAGCCCUGGCUAGCUCAACACCUGGGAGAGCUGACACCACACCAGCAGCUUCUGCAGGAUCCUCUGCUCCUGCUGCCACAACAGCUGUAAGAGAAGGCGCUGCAGCUGCUUCUGAUGCAACCUCAGCUCCCGCCUCCACAACUGGAGGAGCAGGCAGCACAACCACAGGCUCCAGUGCAAGCACAGGUCCCGCUGCCUCCAGCUCUGGGGCACCUGCCAACACAGCAGCCCCUGCUGUGAGCUCCUCAGCUCCUGCAACAAACCCAGCUGGCACUGAUGUCCUGAGGGCAGCCCACAAUGCAACCUCCGCUCCUGUUUCCACAUCUGGACCUCCUGCCUCCAGCUCAGCCAUUGCAGACUCCACCACGGCAAGACCAGGCAGCACCUCUGCGGCCCCUGCUGCAACUACGCCUCCUGCCUCGACCUCUGUUCCUACUGGCCCUGCCACCACAGCCGGGCCUGCUGGCAGCUCAGCUCCUGCUGCAUCCACAACCAAGUUAGCUGGCACCACAGUGGGCCCAGCUGCAACCCCAGCCCUGGCUCUCUCCACAGCUGGGAGAGCUGCCACCACCCCAGUGGCUUCUGCCGGAUCCUCUGCUCCUGCUGCCCCCACAGCUGCAAGAGAAGCAAGCAGCCCAACCACAGGCUCCAGUGCAAGCACCGGUCCCACUGUCUCCAGCUCUGUUGCACCUGCAGGCACAGUAGCACCUGCUGCGAGCUCCUCGGCUCCUGCGGCGCCCAUAGCUGCCACGGGUGUCCCGAGGGCAGCCCCCAAUGCAACUUCUGCUCCUGUCUCCACAUCUGGAGCACCUGCCACCAGCUCAGCCCAUGCAGCCUCCACCUCUGCAAGAGCAGGCAGCAUUUCUGCAGCCCCUGCUGCAAGCUCUACUCCAGCCUCGAAUUCUGUGCCUGCUGGCCCUGCUACCACAGCCGGCCCUGCUGCCAGCUCAGCUCCUGCUGCAUCCACAGCAGAGAGGGCUGGCACCACAGCGGUCCCAGCUGCAACCCCAGCCACAGCUAGCUCCACAGCUGGGGGAGCUGCCACCACUCCAGUGGCUUCUGCAGGAUCCUCUGCUCCUGCUGCCACAACAGCUGCAAGAGAAGGCGCUGCAGCUGCUUCUGAUGCAACCUCAGCUCCCACCUCCACAACUGGAGGAGCAGGCAGCACAACCACAGGCUCUAGUGUAAGCACAGGUCCCGCUGCCUCCAGCUCUGGGGCACCUGCCAGCACAGCAGCCCCUGCUGUGAGCUCCUCAGCUCCUGCAACAAAUCCAGCUGGCACUGAUGUCCUGAGGGCAGCCCACAAUGCAACCUCCGCUCCUGUUUCCACAUCUGGAUCUCCUGCCUCCAGCUCAGCCAUUGCAGGCUCCACCUCGGCAAGACCAGGCAGCACCUCUGAGGCCCCUGCUGCAACCACGCCUCCUGCCUCGACCUCUGUUCCUACUGGCCCUGCCACCACAGCCGGGCCUGCUGGCAGCUCAGCUCCUGCUGCAUCCACAGCCAAGAUAGCUGGCACCACAGCGGGCCCAGCUGCAACCCCAGCCCCGGCUCGUUCCACAGCUGGGAGAGCUGCCACCACCCCAGCGGCUUCUGCCGGAUCCUCUGCUCCUGCUGCCCCCACAGCUGCAAGAGAAGGCGCCGCAGCUGCCUCUAGUGCAACCUCAGCUCCCGCCUCGACAGCUAGAGGAGCAAGCAGCCCAACCACAGGCUCCAGUGCAAGCACCGGUCCCACUGUCUCCAGCUCUGUGGCACCUACAGGCACAGUAGCACCUGCUGCGAGCUCCUCGGCUCCUGCGGCGCCCAUAGCUGCCACGGGUGUCCCGAGGGCAGCCCCCAAUGCAACUUCUGCUCCUGUCUCCACAUCUGGAGCACCUGCCACCAGCUCAGCCCAUGUAGCCUCCACCUCUGCAAGAGCAGGCAGCACCUCUGCGGCCCCUGCUGCAAGCUCUACUCCAGCCUCGAACUCUGUGCCUGCUGGCCCUGCUACCACAGCCGGCCCUGCUGCCAGCUCAGCUCCUGCUGCAUCCACAGCAGAGAGGGCUGGCACCACAGCGGUCCCAGCUGCAACCCCAGCCACAGCUAGCUCCACAGCUGGGGGAGCUGCCACCACUCCAGUGGCUUCUGCAGGAUCCUCUGCACUUGCUGCCUCCACAGCUGAAAGAGAAGUCGCUGCAGCUGCAUCUAAUGCAACCACAGCUCCCGCCUCCACACCUGGAGGAGCAGGCAGCACAACCACAGGAUCCAGUGCAAGCACAGGUCCCGCUGCCUCCAGCUCUGGGGCACCUGCCAGCACAGCAGCCCCUGCUGUGAACUCCUCGGCUCCUGCGGCAAACACAGCUGGCACAGGUGUCCCGAGGUCAGCCCCCACUGCAACCUCCGCUCCUGUCUCCACAUCUGGACCACCUGCCUCCAGCUCAGCCCUUGUGGGCUCCACCUCUGCAAGAGCAAGCACUCCUGCGGCCUCCACCACUGCAAGAGCAGGUAGCACCUUGGCGGCCUCUACUGCAAGCUCAGCUCCUGCCUCGACCUCUGUUUCUGCUGGCCGUGCCACCACAGCCGGCCCUGCUGCCAACUCAGUGGCUGCUGCAUCCACAGCGGAGAGGGCUGGCACCACAGCGGGCACAGCUGCAACCCCAGCCCCGGCUAGCUCCACAGCUGGGAGAGCUGCCACCAGCCCAGCAGCUUCUGCAGGAUCCUCUGCUCCUGCUGCCACCACAGCUGCAAGAGAAGGCGCGGCACCUGCUUCUAAUGCAACCUCAGCUCCCGCCUCCACAGCUGGAGGAGCAAGCAGCCCAACCACAGGCUCCAGUGCAAGCACAGCCCCUGCUGUGAGCUCUUCGGCUCCUGUGGCAAACACAGCUGGCACAGGUGUCCUCAGGGCAGCUCCCAAUGCAACCUCCGCUCCUGUCUCCACAUCUGGACCACCUGCCUCCAGCUCUGCCCUUGCGGGCUCCACCUCUUCGAGGGCAGGCAGCACAUCUGCGGCCAUUGCUGCAAGCUCGGCUCCUGCCUCCACCUCUGUGCCUGCUGGUCCUGCCACCACAGUUGGCCCUGCUGCCAGCUCAGCUCCUGCUGCAUCCACAGCGGAGAGGGCUGGCACCACAGCGGGCCCAGCUGCAACCCCAGCCCCAGCUAGCUCCACAGCUGGGAGAGCUGCCACCACCCCAGCAGUUUCUGCCGGAUCCUCUGCUCCUGCUGCCUCCACAGCUGCAAGAAAAGUCGCUGCAGCUGCAUCUAAUGCAACCACAGCUCCCGCCUCCACAGCUGGAGGAGCAAGCAGCCCAACCACAGCCUCCAGUGCAAGCACAGGUCCUGCUGCCUCCACAAACACAGCUGGCACAGGUGUCCCGAGGGCAGCCCACAAUGCAACCUCUGCUCCUGUCUCCACAUCUGGAUCUCCUGCCUCCAGCUCAGCCAUUGCAGGCUCCACCUCGGCAAGACCAGGCAGCAUCUCUGAGGCCCCUGCUGCAACCACGCCUCCUGCCUCGACCUCUGUUCCUGCUGGCCCUGCCACCACAGCCGGGCCUGCUGGCAGCUCAGCUCCUGCUGCAUCCACAGCCAAGAUAGCUGGCACCACAGCGGGCCCAGCUGCAACCCCAGCCCCGGCUCGUUCCACAGCUGGGAGAGCUGCCACCACCCCAGCGGCUUCUGCCGGAUCCUCUGCUCCUGCUGCCCCCACAGCUGCAAGAGAAGGUGCCGCAGCUGCCUCUAGUGCAACCUCAGCUCCCGCCUCGACAGCUAGAGGAGCAAGCAGCCCAACCACAGGCUCCAGUGCAAGCACCGGUCCCACUGUCUCCAGCUCUGUGGCACCUACAGGCACAGUAGCACCUGCUGCGAGCUCCUCGGCUCCUGCGGCGCCCAUAGCUGCCACGGGUGUCCCGAGGGCAGCCCCCAAUGCAACUUCUGCUCCUGUCUCCACAUCUGGAGCACCUGCCACCAGCUCAGCCCAUGUAGCCUCCACCUCUGCAAGAGCAGGCAGCACCUCUGCGGCCCCUGCUGCAAGCUCUACUCCAGCCUCGAACUCUGUGCCUGCUGGCCCUGCUACCACAGCCGGCCCUGCUGCCAGCUCAGCUCCUGCUGCAUCCACAGCGGAGAGGGCUGGCACCACAGCGGGCCCAGCUGCAACCCCAGCCACAGCUAGCUCCACAGCUGGGAGAGCUGCCACCACUCCAGUGGCUUCUGCAGGAUCCUCUGCACUUGCUGCCUCCACAGCUGCAAGAGAAGUCGCUGCAGCUGCAUCUAAUGCAACCACAGCUCCCGCCUCCAUAUCUGGAGGAGCAGGCAGCACAACCAUAGGCUCCAGUGCAAGCACAGCCCCUGCUGCGAACUCCUUGGCUCCUGCGGGAAACACAGCUGGCACAGGUGUCCCGAGGUCAGCCCCCAAUGCAACCUCCGCUCCUGUCUCCACAUCUGGACCACCUGCCUCCAGCUCAGCUCUUGCUGGCUCCACCUCUGCAAGAGCAAGCACUCCUGCGCCCUCCACCACUGCAAGAGCAGGUAGCACCUUGGCGGCCUCUACUGCAAGCUCAGCUCCUGCCUCGACCUCUGUUUCUGCUGGCCGUGCCACCACAGCCGGCCCUGCUGCCAACUCAGUGGCUGCUGCAUCCACAGCGGAGAGGGCUGGCACCACAGCGGGCCCAGCUGCAACCCCAGCCCCGGCUAGCUCCACAGCUGGGAGAGCUGCCACCAGCCCAGCAGCUUCUGCCGGGUCCUCUGCUCCUUCUGCCACCACAGCUGCAAGAGAAGGCGUGGCACCUGCUUCUAAUGCAGCCUCAGCUCCCGCCUCCACAGCUGGAGGAGCAAGCAGCCCUACCACAGGCUCCAGUGCAAGCACAGGUCCCGCUGCCUCCACAAACACAGCUGGCACGGGUGUCCUGAGGGCAGCCCACAAUGCAACUUCUGCUCCUGUCACCACAUCUGGACCACCUGCUACCAGCUCAGACCUUGCAGGCUCCACCUCUGCAAGAGCAGGCAGCACCUCUGCGGCCCCUGCUGCAAGCACGGUUCCUGCCUCGACCUCUGUUCCUGCUGGUCCUGCCACCACAAACGGCCCUGCUGCAAGCUCAGCUGCUGCUGUAUCCACAGCGGAGAGGGCUGGCACCACAGCGGGCCCAGGUGCAACCCCAGCCCCGGCUAGCUCCACACCUGGGAGAGCUGCUACCACACCAGAGGCUUCUGCCAGAUCCUCUGCUCCUGCUGCCUCCACAGCUGCAAGAGAAGGGGCUGCAGCUGCCUUUAAUUCAACCUCAGCUCCUGGCUCCACAAUUGGAGGAGCAGGCAGCACAACCACAGGCUCCAGUGCAAGCACAGCCCCUGCUGUGAGCUCCUCUGCUCCUGUAGCGCCCACAUCUGGCACGGGUGUCCCGAGGUUAGCCCCCAAUGCAACCUCCGCUCCUGUCACCACAUCUGGACCACCUGCCUCCAGCUCAGCCCAUGCACCCUCCACCUCUGCAAGAGCAGGCAGCACCUCUGAAGCCUCCGCUGCAAGCCUGGCUCCUUCCUCGACCUCUGGGCCUGCCGGCCCUGCCACCACAGCCAGCCCUGCUGCCAACUCAGCUCCUGCUGCCUCCACCUCUGCAAGAGCAGGUAGCACCUCGGUAGCCUCUACUGCAAGCUCGGCUUCUGCCUCGACCUCUGUUCCUGCUGGCCCUGCCACCACAGCUGGCCCUGCUGCCAGCUCAGCUCCUGCUGCAUCCACAGCCGAGACUGCUGGCACUACAGCGGGCCGAGCUGCAACCCUAGCCCUGGGAAGCUCCACAGCUGGGAGAGCUGCUACCACACCAGAGACUUCUGCCGAAUCCUCUGCUUCUGCUGCCCCCACAGCUGCAAGAGAAGGCGCUGCACCUGCCUCUAAUGCAACCUCAGCUCCCGCCUCCACAACUGGAGGAGCAGGUAGCACAACCACAGGCUCCAGUGCAAGCACAGGUCCUGCUGCCUCCACCUCCACCUCUGCAAGAGCAGGCAGCACCUCGGUGGCCCCUGCUGCAAGCUCGGCUCCUGCCUCGACCUCUGUUCCUGCUGGCCCUGCCACCACAGGCGGCCCUGCUGCCAGCUCAGCUCCUGCUGCAUCCACAGCAGAGAGGCCUGGCAACACAGCAGGCCUAGCUGCAACCCCAGCCCCGGCUAGCUCCACAGCUGGGAGAGCUGCCAAUACCCCAGUGGCUUCUGCAGGAUCCUCUGCUCCUGCUGCCCCCACAGCUGCAAGAGAAAGCACUGCAGCUGCCUCUAAUGCAACCUCAGCUCCUGCCUCCACAGCUGGAGGAGCAAGCAGCCCUACCACAGGCUCCAGUGCAAGCACAGCAACAAACACAGCUGGCACUGAUGUCCUAAGGGCAGCCCACAAUGCAACCUCUGCUCCUGUCUCCACAUCUGGACCUCCUGCCUCCAGCUCAGCCCUUGCAGGCUCCACCUCUGCAAGAGCAGGCAGCACCUCUGCGGCCCCUGCUGCAAGCACGGCUCCUGCCUCGACCUCUGUUCCUGCUGGCCCUGCCACCACAAAAGGCCCUGCUGCCAGCUCAGCUGCUGCUUUAUCCACAGCGGAGAGGGCUGGCACCACAGCGGGCCCAGCUGCAACCCCAGCCCCGGCUAGCUCCACAGUUAGGAGAGCUGCUACCACACCAGAGGCUUCUGCCGAAUCCUCUGCUCCUGCUGCCUCCACAGCUGCAAGAGAAGGGGCCGCAGCUGCCUCUAAUGCAACCUCAGCUCCUGGCUCUACAAUUGGAGGAGCAGGCAGCACAACCACAGGCUCCAGUGCAAGCACAGGUCCCGCUGCCUCCAGCUCUGGGGCACCUGCCAGCACAGCAGCCCCUGCUGUGAGCUCCUCUGCUCCUGCAGUGCCCACAUCUGUCACGGGUGUCCCGAGGGCAGCCCCCAAUGCAACCUCCGCUCCUGUCACAACAUCUGCACCACCUGCCACCAGCUCUGCCCAUGCACCCUCCACCUCUGCAAGAGCAGGCAGCACCUCUGAAGCCUCCGCUGCAAGCCUGGCUCCUGCCUCAACCUCUGUUCCUGCCGGCCCUGCCACCACAGUUGGCCCUGCUGCCAGCUCAGCUCCUCCUGCAUCCACAGCCGAGACUGCUGGCACCACAGCGGGCCCAGCUGCAACCCCAGCCCCGGGAAGCUCCACAGCUGAGAGAGCUGCUACCACACCAGAGACUUCUGCCGAAUCCUCUGCUUCUGCUGCCCCCACAGCUGCAAGAGAAGGCGCUACACCUGCCUCUAAUGCAACCUCAGCUCCCGCCUCCACAACUGGAGGAGCAGGCAGCACAACCAUAGGCUCCAGUGCAAGCACAGGUCCCGCUGCCUCCACGCCCACAGCUGGCACUGGUGUCCUGAGGGCAGCCCACAAUUCAACCUCCGCUCCUGUUUCCACAUCUGGACCUCCUGCCUCCAGCUCAGCCAUUGCAGGCUCCACCUCUGCAAGAGCAGGCACUCCUGCUGCAUCCACAUCUGCAAGAGCAGGCAGCACCUCGGCAGCCUCUACUGCAACCUUGGCUCCUGCCUCGACCUCUGUGCUUGCCGGCCCUGCUACCACAGCCGGGCCUGCUGGCAGCUCAGCUCCUGCUGCAUCCACAGCGGAGAGGGCUGGCACCACAGCGGGCCCAGCUGCAACCCCAACCCCGGCUAGCUCCACAGCUGGGAGAGCUGCCACCACUCCAGUGGCUUCUGCAGGAUCCUCUGCUCCUGCUGCCUCCACAGCUGAAAGAGAAGUCGCUGCAGCUGCAUCUAAUGCAACCACAGCUCCCACCUCCACAGCUAGAAGAGCAGGCAGCACAACCACAGGCUCCAGUGCAAGCACAGCCCCUGCUGCGAACUCCUCGGCUCCUGCGGCAAACACAGCUGGCACGGGUGUCCCGCGCGCAGCCCCCAAUGCUACCUCCACUCCUGUCUCCACAUCUGGACCACCUGCCUCCAGCUCAGCCCUUGCAGGCUCCACAUCUGCAAGAGCAAGCAGCACCUCUGCGGCCCCUGCUGCAAGUUCGGCUCCUGCCUCAACCUCUCCCCCUGCUGGCCCUGCCACCACAGCUGGCCCUGCUGCCAGCUCUGCUCCUGCUGCCUCCACAGCCAAUAGGGCUGGCACCACACUGGGCUCAGCUGCAACCCCAGGCCCGGCUAGCUCCACACCUGGGAGAGCUGCUACCACCCCAGUGGCAUCUGCAGGAUCCUCUGCUCCUGUUGCUUUUACAGCUGCAAGAGAAGGGGCCGCAGCUGCCUCUAACGCAACCUCAGCUCCUGGCUCCACAAUUGAAGGAGCAGGCAGCACAACCACAGGCUCCAGUGCAAGCACAGGUACCGCUUCCUCCAGCUCUGGGGCAACUGCCAGCACAGCAGCCCCUGCUGUGAGCUCCUCUGCUCCUGCAGCACCCACAUCUGUCACGGGUGUCCCGAGGGCAGCCGCCAAUGCAACCUCCGCUCCUGUCACAACAUCUGGACCACCUGCCACCAGCUCAGCCCAUGCAGCCUCCACCUCUGCAAGAGCAGGCAGCACCUCUGAAGCCUCCGCUGCAAGCAUGGCUCCUGCCUCAACCUCUGGACCUGCCGGCCCUGCCACCACAGCUGGCCCUGAUGCCACCUCAGCUCCUGCAGCCUCCACCUCUGCAAGAGCAGGUAGCAUCUCAGUAGCCUCUACUGCAAGCUCGGCUCCUGCCUCGACCUCUGUUCCUGCUGGCCCUGCCACCGCAGCCGGCCCUGCUGCCAGCUCAGCGGCUGCUGUAACCACAGCGGAGAGGGCUGGCACCACAGCGGGCCCAGCUGCAACCCCAGCCCCGGCUAGCUCCACAGCUGGGAGAGCUACCACCACCCCAGCAGCUUCUGCUGGAUCCUCUGCUCCUGCUUCCACCACAGCUGCAAGAGAAGGCGCUGCACCUGCCUCUAAUUCAACCUCAGCUCCCACCUCCACAGCGGGAGGAGCAAGCAGCCCAACCACAGUCUCCAGUGCAAGCACAGCAGCCCCUGCUGCGAGCUCCUCGGCUCCUGUUGCAAACACAACUGGCACAGGUGUCCAGAGGGGAGCUCCCAAUGCAACCUCCGCUCCUGUCUCCACAUCUGGACCACCUUCCGCUAGCCCAGCCGAUGCAGCCUCCACCUCCUCCAGAGCAGGCAGCACCUCGUCGGCCACUGCUGCAAGCACGGCUCCUGCCUCAACCUCUGUGCCUGCUGGCCCUGCCACCACAGCUGGCCCUGCUGCCAGCUCAGCACCUGCUGCAUCCACAGCGGAGAGGGCUGGCACCACAGCGGGCCCAGCUGCAACCCCAGCCCAGGCUAGCUCCACAGCUGUGAGAGCUGCCAACACCCCAGUGGCUUCUGCAGAAUCCUCUGCUCCUGCUGCCCCCACAGCUGCAAGAGAAGGCGCCGCAGCUGCCUCUAAUGCAACCUCAGCUCCCGCCUCCACAGCUGGAGGAGCAAGCAGCCCAACCACAGGCUCCAGUGCAAGCACAGGUCCAGUUGCCUCCAGCUCUGGGGCCACUGCCAGCACAGCAGCCCCUGCUGUGAGGUCCUCGGUUCCUGCAGCAAACACAGCUGGCACGGGUGUCCUGCGGGCAGCCCACAAUGCAACCUCCACUCCUGUCUCCACAUUUGGACCACCUGCCACCAGCUCAGCCCUUGCAGGCUCCACCUCUGCAAGAGCAGGCAGCACCUCUGCGGCCCCUGCUGCAAGCACGGCUCCUGCCUCGACCUCUGUUCCUGCUGGCCCUGCCACCACAAACGGCCCUGCUGCAAGCUCAGCUGCUGCUGUAUCCACAGCAGAGAGGGCUGGCACCACAGCGGGCCCAGCUGCAACCCCAGCCCUGGCUAGCUCCACAGCUGGGAGAGCUGCUACCACACCAGAGGCUUCUGCCGAAUCCUCUGCUCCUGCUGCCUCCACAGCUGCAAGAGAAGCAGCCGCAGCUGCCUCUAAUGCAACCUCAGCUCCUGGCUCAACAAUUGGAGGAGCAGGCAGCACAACCACAGGCUCCAGUGCAAGCACAGCCCCUGCUGUGAGCUCCUCUGCUCCUGCAGUGCCCACAUCUGGCACGGGUGUCCCGAGGUCAGCCCCCAAUGCAACCUCCGCUCCUGUCACCACAUCUGGACCACCUGCCUCCACCGGCCAUGCUGCCAGCUCAUCUCCUGCUGCCUCAACCUCUGCAAGAGCAGGAAGCACCUCGGUGGCCCCUGCUGCAGGCUCGGCUCCAGCCUUGACCUCUACCCCUGCUGGCCCUGCCACCACAGCCGGCCCUGCUGCCAGCUCAGCUCCUUCUGCAUCCACAGCGGAGAGGGCUGGCACUACACUGGGCCCAGUGUCAACCCCAGGCCCAGCCAUCUCCACACCUGGGAGAGCUGCCACCACCCCAGCGGCUUCUGCAGGAUCCUCUGCUCCUGCUGCCUCCACAGCUGCAAGAGAAGCGGCCGCAGCUGCCUCUAAUGCAACCUCAGCUCCUGCCUCGACAGCUGGAGGAGCAGGCAUCACAACCACAGGCUCCAGUGCAAGCACAGCCCCUGCUGCGAGCUCCUCGGCCCCUCCGGCAAACACGGCUGGCACUGGUGUCCUGAGGGCAGCCCACAAUGCAACCUCUGCUCCAAUGUCCACAUCUGGACCACCUGCCGCCAGCUCAGCCCAUGCAGUCUCUACCUCUGCAAGAGCAGGAAGCACCUCAGCGGCCCCUGCUGCAAGCACAGCUCCUGCCUCAACCUCUGUGCCUGCUGGCCCUGCCACCACAGCUGGCCCUGCUGCAAGCUCAACUGCUGCUGUAUCCACAGCGGAGACGGCUGGCACCACAGCGGGCCCAGCUGCAACCCCGGCCCCGGCUAGCUCCACAGCUGGGAGAGCUGCCAACACCACAGUGGCUUCUGCAGGAUCCUCUGCUCCUGCUGCCCUCACAGCUGCAAGAGAAGGCGCUGCACCUGCCUCUAAUGCAACCUCAGCUCCUGCCUCCACAGCUGGAGGAGCAAGCAUCACAACCACAGGCUCCAGUGCAAGCACAGCCCCUGCUGCGAGCUCCUCGGCUCCCGUGGCAAACACAGCUGGCACAGGUGUCCUGAGGGCAGCCCCCAAUGCAACCUCCGCUCCUGUCUCCACUUCUGGACGUCCGGCCGCCAGCUCAGCCCAUGCUGCCUCCACCUCUUCAACAGCAGGCAGCACCUCUGCGGCUCCUGCUGCAAGCACGGCUCCUGCCUCGACCUCUGUGCCUGCUGGCCAUGCCACCACAGCUGGACCUGGUGCUAGCUCAGCUUCUGCUGCAUCCACAGCGGAGAGGGCUGGCACCACACUGGGCCCAGUGUCAACCCCAGGCCCGGCUAGCUCCACACCUGGGAGAGCUGCCACCACCCCAGCGGCUUCUGCAGGAUCCUCUGCUCCUGCUGCCUCCACAGCUGCAAGAGAAGCGGCCGCAGCUGCCUCUAAUGCAACCUCAGCUCCUGCCUCGACAGCUGGAGGAGCAAACAUCACAACCACAGGCUCCACAGCCCCUGCUGCGAGUUCCUCGGCCCCUCCAGCAAACACGGCUGGCACUGGUGUCCUCAGGGCAGCCCACAAUGCAACCUCUGCUCCAAUAUCCACAUCUGGACCACCUGCCGCCAGCUCAGCCCAUGCAGUCUCUAUCUCUGCAAGAGCAGGAAGCACCUCGGCGGCCCCUGCUGCAAGCACGGCUCCUGCCUCGACCUCUGUGCCUGCUGGCCCUGCCACCACAGCUGGCCCUGCUGCAAGCUCAACUGCUGCUGUAUCCACAGCGGAGACGGCUGGCACCACAGCGGGCCCAGCUGCAACCCCGGCCCCGGCUAGCUCCACAGCUGGGAGAGCUGCCACCACCUCAGCGGCUUCUGCAGGAUCCUCUGCUCCUGCUGCUCCCACAGCUGCAAGAGAAGGCGCCUCAGCUGCCUCUAAUGCAACCUCAGCUUCCGCCUCCACAGCUGGAGGAGCAGGCAUCACAACCACAGGCUCCAGUGCAAGCACAGGUCCAGUUGCCUCCAGCUCUGGGGCAGCUGCAGGAACAGCAGCCCCUGGUGCGAGCUCCUCAGCUCCUGCAGCACCCACAUCUGGCACGGGUGUCCCGAGGGCAGCCGCCAAUACAACCUCUGCUCCUGUCUCCACAUCUGGACCACCUGCGGCCAGCGCAGCCCAUGCAGCCUCCACCUCUGGCAGAGCAGGCAGCACCUCUGCGGCCCCUUCUGCAAGCUCGGCUCCUGCCUCGACCUCUUCCCCUGCUGGCCCUGCCACCACAGCUGGCCCUGCUGCAAGCUCAACUGCUGCUGUAUCCACAGCGGAGACGGCUGGCACCACAGCGGGCCCAGCUGCAACCCCAGCCCAGGCUAGCUCCACAGCUGAGAGAGCUGCCACCACCCCAGAGGCUUCUGCAGGAUCCUCUGCUCCUGCUGCUCCCACAGCUGCAAGAGAAGGUGCCUCAGCUGCCUCUAAUGCAACCUCAGCUCCCGCCUCGACAGCUGGAAGAGCAGGCAUCACAACCACAGGCUCCAGUGCAAGCACAGCUCCUGCUGCGAGCUCCUCGGCCCCUCCGGCAAACACGGCUGGCACUGGUGUCCCGAGGGCAGCCCACAAUGCAACCUCUGCUCCUGUCUCCACAUCUGGACCACCUGCGGCCAGCGCAGCCCAUGCAGCCUCCACCUCUGGCAGAGCAGGCAGCACCUCGGCGGCCCCUGCUGCAAGCACAGCUCCUGCCUCAACCUCUGUGCCUGCUGGCCCUGCCACCACAGCUGGCCCCGCUGCAAGCUCAACUGCUGCUGUAUCCACAGCGGAGAGGGCUGGCACCACAGCGGGCCCAGCUGCAACCCCGGCCCCGGCUAGCUCCACAGCUGGGAGAGCUGCCAACACCACAGCGGCUUCUGCAGGAUCCUCUGCUCCUGCUGCCCCCACAGCUGCAAGAGAAGCAAGCAGCCCUACCACAGGCUCCAGUGCAAGCACAGGUCCAGUUGCCUCCAGCUCUGGGGCAACUGCCAGCACAGCAGCCCCUGCUGCGAGCUCCUCAGCUCCUGCAGCAAACACAGCUGGCACGGGUGUCCCGAGGGCAGCCCCCAAUGCAACCUCUGCUCCUGUCUCCACAUCUGGACCACCUGCCGCCAACGCAGCCCAUGCAGCCUCCACCUCUGGCAGAGCAGGCAGCACCUCUGCGGCCCCUUCUGCAAGCUCGGCUCCUGCCUCGACCUCUCCCCCUGCUGGCCCUGCUGCCAGCUCAGCUCCUGCUGCAUCCACAGCGGAGAGGGCUGGCACCACAGCAGGCCGAGCUGCAACCCCAGCCCAGGCUAGCUCCACAGCUGGGAGAGCUGCCACCACCCCAGCGGCUUCUGCAGGAUCCUCUGCUCCUGCUGCUCCCACAGCUGCAAGAGAAGGUGCCUCAGCUGCCUCUAAUGCAACCUCAGCUCCCGCCUCGACAGCUGGAGGAGCAGGCAUCACAACCACAGGCUCCAGCGCAAGCACAGCCCCUGCUGCAAGCUCCUCUGCUCCUGCGGUGCCCACAUCUGUCACGGGUGUCCCGAGGUCAGCCCCCAAUGCAACCUCCGCUCCUGUCACCACAUCUGGACAACCUGCCUCCAGCUCAGCCCAUGCAGCCUCCACCUCUGCAAGAGCAGGCAGCACCUCUGAAGCCUCCGCUGCAAGCCUGGCUCCUUCAUCGACCUCUGGGCCUGCCGGCCCUGCCACCACAGCCGGCCCUGCUGCCAGCUCAGCUCCUGCUGCAUCCACCUCUGCAAGAGCAGGAAGCACCUCGGCGGCCCCUGCUGCAAGCACGGCUCCUGCCUCAACCUCUGUUCCUGCUGGCCCUGCCACCACAGUUGGCCCUGCUGCCAGCUCAACUGCUGCUGUAUCCACAGCCGAGAGGGCUGGCACCACAGCGGGCCCAGCUGCAACCCCGGCCCUGGCUAGCUCCACAGCUGGGAGAGCUGCCACCACCUCAGCGGCUUCUGCAGGAUCCUCUGCUCCUGCUGCUCCCACAGCUGCAAGAGAAGGCGCCUCAGCUGCCUCUAAUGCAACCUCAGCUCCCGCCUCCACAGCUGGAGGAGCAGGCAUCACAACCACAGGCUCCAGUGCAAGCACAGGUCCAGUUGCCUCCACCCAUGCAGCCUCCACCUCUGGCAGAGCAGGCAGCACCUCUGCGGCCCCUUCUGCAAGCUCGGCUCCUGCCUCGACCUCUCCCCCUGCUGGCCCUGCCACCACAGCUGGCCCUGCUGCCAGCUCAGCUCCUGCUGCAUCCACAGCGGAGAGGGCUGGCACCACAGCGGGCCCAGCUGCAACCCCAGCCCAGGCUAGCUCCACAGCUGGGAGAGCUGCCACCACCCCAGCGGCUUCUGCAGGAUCCUCUGCUCCUGCUGCUCCCACAGCUGCAAGAGAAGGUGCCUCAGCUGCCUCUAAUGCAACCUCAGCUCCCGCCUCGACAGCUGGAGGAGCAGGCAUCACAACCACAGGCUCCAGCGCAAGCACAGCCCCUGCUGCAAGCUCCUCUGCUCCUGCGGUGCCCACAUCUGUCACGGGUGUCCCGAGGUCAGCCCCCAAUGCAACCUCCGCUCCUGUCACCACAUCUGGACAACCUGCCUCCAGCUCAGCCCAUGCAGCCUCCACCUCUGCAAGAGCAGGCAGCACCUCUGAAGCCUCCGCUGCAAGCCUGGCUCCUUCAUCGACCUCUGGGCCUGCCGGCCCUGCCACCACAGCCGGCCCUGCUGCCAGCUCAGCUCCUGCUGCAUCCACCUCUGCAAGAGCAGGAAGCACCUCGGCGGCCCCUGCUGCAAGCACGGCUCCUGCCUCAACCUCUGUUCCUGCUGGCCCUGCCACCACAGUUGGCCCUGCUGCCAGCUCAACUGCUGCUGUAUCCACAGCCGAGAGGGCUGGCACCACAGCGGGCCCAGCUGCAACCCCGGCCCUGGCUAGCUCCACAGCUGGGAGAGCUGCCACCACCUCAGCGGCUUCUGCAGGAUCCUCUGCUCCUGCUGCUCCCACAGCUGCAAGAGAAGGCGCCUCAGCUGCCUCUAAUGCAACCUCAGCUCCCGCCUCCACAGCUGGAGGAGCAGGCAUCACAACCACAGGCUCCAGUGCAAGCACAGGUCCAGUUGCCUCCACCCAUGCAGCCUCCACCUCUGGCAGAGCAGGCAGCACCUCUGCGGCCCCUUCUGCAAGCUCGGCUCCUGCCUCGACCUCUCCCCCUGCUGGCCCUGCCACCACAGCUGGCCCUGCUGCCAGCUCAGCUCCUGCUGCAUCCACAGCGGAGAGGGCUGGCACCACAGCGGGCCCAGCUGCAACCCCAGCCCAGGCUAGCUCCACAGCUGGGAGAGCUGCCACCACCCCAGCGGCUUCUGCAGGAUCCUCUGCUCCUGCUGCUCCCACAGCUGCAAGAGAAGGUGCCUCAGCUGCCUCUAAUGCAACCUCAGCUCCCGCCUCGACAGCUGGAGGAGCAGGCAUCACAACCACAGGCUCCAGUGCAAGCACAGCCCCUGCUGCAAGCUCCUCUGCUCCUGCGGUGCCCACAUCUGUCACGGGUGUCCCGAGGUCAGCCCCCAAUGCAACCUCCGCUCCUGUCACCACAUCUGGACAACCUGCCUCCAGCUCAGCCCAUGCAGCCUCCACCUCUGCAAGAGCAGGCAGCACCUCUGAAGCCUCCGCUGCAAGCCUGGCUCCUUCAUUGACCUUUGGGCCUGCCGGCCCUGCCAUCACAGUUGGCCCUGCUGCCAGCUCAGCUCCUGCUGCAUCCACAGCCGAGAGGGCUGGCACCACUGCGGGCCCAGCUGCAACCCUGUCCCCGGCGAGCUCCACAGCUGGGAGAGCUGCCAACACCACAGUGGCUUCUGCAGGAUCCUCUGCUCCUGCUGCCCCCACAGCUGCAACAGAAGGUGCUACAGCUGCCUCUAAUGCAACCUCAGCUCCCGCCUCCACAGCUGGAGGAGCAAGCAGCCCAACUACAGGCUCCAGUGCAAGCACAGGUCCAGUUGCCUCCACAAACACAGCUGGCACGGGUGUCCCGAGGGCAGCCCCCAAUGCAACCUCUGCUCCUGUCUCCACAUCUGGACCACCUGCUGCCAGUGCAGCCCAUGCAGCCUCCACCUCUGGCAGAGCAGGCAGCACCUCUGCGGCCCCUUCUGCAAGCUUGGCUCCUGCCUUGACCUCUACCCCUGCUGGCCCUGCCACCACAGCUCUCCCUGCUUCCAGCUCAGCUCCUACUGCCUCCCCCUCUGCAAGAGCAGGUAGCACCUCGGCAGCCUCUACUGCAAGUUCGGCUCCUGCCUCGACCUCUGUGCUUGCUGGCCCUGCCACCACAUCCGGGCCUGCUGGCAGCUCAGCUCCUGCUGCAUCCACAGUCAAGAGAGCUGGCACCACAGCAGGCCCAGCUGCAACCCCAGCCCCAGGUAGCUCCACAGCUGGUAGCCCUGCUACCACCCAUGCUGCUUCUGCGGGAUCCUCUGCUCCUGCUGCACCCACAGCUGCAAGAGAAGGCACCUCAGCUGCCUCUAAUGCAACCUCAACUCCCACCUCCACAGCUGGAGGAGCAGGCAGCACAACCACAGGCUCCAGUACAAGCACAGGUAUAGCUGCCUCCAGCUCUGGGGCAGCUGCCAGCACAGCAGUCCCUGCUGUGAGCUCCACAGCUGCUCCGGCAAACACAGCUGGCACAAGUGUCCUGAGGGCAGCCCCCAAUGCAACCUAUGCUCCAAUCUCCACAUCUGGACCACCUGCCGCUAGCUCAGCCCAUGCAGCCUCCACCUCUGCAAGAGCAGGAAGCACCUCGGCGGGCCCUGCUGCAAGCUCAGCUCCUGCGUUGACCUCUGUGCCUGUCGGCCCUACCACCACAGCUGGCCCUGCUGCCAGCUCAGCUCCUGCUGCAUCCACAGCGGAGAGGGCUGGCACCACAGUGGGCCCAGCUGCAACCCCAGCCCUGGCUAGCUCCACAGCUGGGAGAGCUGCCAAUACCCCAGUGGCUUCUGCAGGAUCCUCUGCUCCUGCUGCCUCCACAGCUGAAAGAGAAGUCGCUGCAUCUGCAUCUAAUGCAACCACAGCUCCCGCCUCCACAGCUGGAGGAGCAGGUAGCACAACCACAGCCUCCAGUGCAAGCACAGCUGGCACAGGUGUCACGAGGCCAGCCCCCAAUUCAACCUCUGCUCCUGUCAUCACAUCUGGACCACCUGCCGCCAGCUCAGCCCAUGCAGCCUCCACCUCUGCAAGAGCAGGCAGCACCUCAGCGGCCUCUGCUACAAGCUUGGCUCCUGCCUCGACCCAUGCACCUGCAGGCCCUGCCACAACAGCUGGCCCUGCUGCCAGCUCAGCUCCUGCUACCUCUACAGUGGAGAGGGCUGGCACCACUGCGGGCCCAGCUGCAACCUCAGCCCCGGCUAGCUCCAUGCCUGUCACCAAUGGGCUGGGGACUGUUUCUAUUUCAAUCUCUCCUUUCGUGUCCACUUCCGUAUAUGUGGGUACUACAGCCUCAGCGAUCAUAGGAUUUUCAAGUCCAUCUUCUGAAACAGCAGGGACGACUGGAAUCUCAGCCAAAUCAAAUGUAACAGCAGGAAGAACCACCAGUAUGCCAGAUAAUUCCACCACGGUAGCACCUGGAGUCACAACCAGCCCCAACAUAUCCCAGCCAGUGUGUCCAAGCACACUCCCACCAGCCCCAGUGUGUCACGGUCCCCUGGGAGAAGAGAAAUCUCCUGGAGACGUAUGGACAUCAAACUGCCAUCAAUGUACCUGUACUGAAGCACAGGCUGUAGACUGCAAACCUAAAGAGUGUCCCUCUCCACCCACAUGCAGUUCUGGAGAGAAGCUAAUGACCUUCAAAUCGAAUGAUUCCUGCUGUGAGAUUGGCCACUGUGAACCAAGAACAUGUUUAUUUAACAAUACUGAUUAUGCGAUUGGUUCAUCCUUUGAUGACCCUAGCAACCCAUGUCUCUCCUACACCUGCAACACCACGGGCUUGGUGGCCGUGGUUCAGGACUGCCCAAAGCAAACAUGGUGUGCAGAAGAAGAGAGAAUCUAUGAUUCAAAUAAAUGUUGCUAUAAAUGUAAGAACGACUGCAGGACUACCCCUGUGAACGUGACCAUCAAGUACAACGGUUGUAGGAAGAGGGUGGAGAUGGCAAGAUGUGUAGGAGAGUGCAAAAGGACUGUCAAGUACAAUUAUGAGACCUUCCAAUUGGAGAAUUCCUGCUUUUGCUGCCGUGAGGAAAACUACGAGUUCAGGGACAUUGCACUUGACUGUUCGGAUGGCAGCACCAUCUCUUACAGAUACAGGCACACUACCACCUGCUCGUGUCUGGACCAGUGUGAACAGUCUACAGCCAGUUAA